AUGCCACCAAAGAGGAAAGCGGCUAGCAGCAACAGUUCCUCGAAGGUUGCCAAAGCAGCUGCCAAUGCCACUCCUGCCUCAAGUACGGAUAUCGCGGGUGGAGAUGUAAACUUUUCGAAUGCGAAUACUCUGUCUAAGAAACGCUCUUAUAUCGUUCUUGAUUGGAAGUCCACAGAUUACGACGAUGAAGAUGAGGAGGACGAUGAAGAUGGAGAGGACGAUAAGGCUGAGGAGGAUGAUGAAGAUGCUACCAAGAAUGAUGGAAAUGGCAGGAAGGAUCAGAAGGAUAAGAGGCGGGGUAAAGAUUUGGAUCUCCCAAACCCAGGGCAGAAGUUCGGCGAAGAAUGGUGUAGUAGGGUAUCUGAUAUAGGAUUUCCCAUAUCUCAAGAUGGUGUAGAGCUUGCCCAGAAACUGGACAAAGAACGUGACAAGAGAAACCAAGAUCCCUACGAUGUACAUAUUUACAACGACUUCAACGGCUAUGGGAGUUCUGAGGCCGUACAAAAUUUUUAG